AAAUUUAAUAUGGCAUCGGCCAACAUGUAGUGAUGUGGUUGUUGUGAUGUUCGAUCAUGAUCUGUCAAAAUUUCGCGGCCAGGAGUGAUAAGAUGUCAUUUAUCGAAUACGUUAUUUAAAAAAAUUUUCCGAAGAACUCGCGGGGUUUCUGAGUCGAUAUGGCUCAUUUAAACAACGUGUUGAAGGCUGUGGAAACGUUAAAUGCGCUACGAGAAUCGGACAUCCCGUCAGAUUCCGGAGCAAGGAAGGAGAAGAUAUCAUGUUGUACAGUCAUCGUUGAAGGAAUAUGUUCACUAACUGUCAGACAAAAUCCUAAAUUUCCACAAGUUCUCACUCCUGCUAUUGAAACAUUGCUAGCUUUGUGUAACGAUGACGAGUCGGACGUCAGAAUGGUCGCAGAUGAAUCUCUCAAUAAAAUUAUAAGGGUAAUGGUGGACAGUAACAUCGUUAAGAUUCAGAUAGAACUUUACAAUGAGAUAAAGAGAAAUGGGCCUGCGCGUGUACUGAGGGCUGCUCUUUGGAGAUUCGGUUUGCUAAGUCACAUGAUACGUCCCUCAAGAGGCAAAGCUUAUGUGUCAAAUCUGAUACCAUGUAUAGUGAUUAUUGCGCAUCGAUCUGAAGAUAUUGUGAUAGAAACGUUAUCGCAGUCAUUACCAUUAAUUUUUAAAGUGUUAGGACCAUUUAUGACAGAUAAGGAUGUCAAGAAUUUGCUAAGAGCGUUCUUCGAGAAUAUUUCCUCGCCUCAAGCGGCUUUUCGUAGAGCAGCGGCAAAUAUGAUUCUAGCAACAUGCAUAAACUGCAGAAAACCUCAAUUCUUUUUAAAUUAUGUACUGAAUCAUCUGUUAGAUAUAAUAAUGCCAGUGAGAAAUGCCGAGGAUCACUCGUCUACUAUCAUAGGCGUGUUUGGAUGCUUGAGAAUGAUUUUACCUCAUAUAUGUAAACCCUCAGAGCCAGAAAGUGUCGAGGCACAACAGAUAGAUAGUUUGUUACAUAUUUAUGAACUGUGUUUGCACUAUACAAAAUGGCACUCGGAUCACAAUGUUAUAAAUGCAGCUUUAGAGACUCUGGCACAGCUUUUAAAAACGCCUCCAAAGCCAUUGGUGUCAAUUUUAUUGUCUACAGAAGGCAUAACGCAAAGCAGGAUAAUAGUGAAUCAAAAUGCGUGCAUUCCAUCAUUGGGUCAAAUGAGUAUUUCCAGUGCGAGUACCGCUUACGGUGGAAAUUCGGAUUCUAUUUUAAACCUGCAAGAGCCUGAUGUUCCAGAAAUCACUCCGAACAUAGAUAAAUGGAUUGCAGAUACGGAAACGGCGUUGCCGGCUGCGUGCAAUCCACAAACGCAGAAUGAACCUGCAAACAAUGUAAUUGAAACGAAAGAGAAAAUAUCGGAAAAUUAUUGCGGUCUGAAGAUCGGAGCCAUUGAUAACGAGACUGUGGAGGAGGGUAGCGAUGUCGGGAGCGAGAUCGAGAAGUCCGAGAGAGCGCCGUAUUCAAGCCUGCUGAGUGAAUUGUCGAAGGAGGACGAUUGCUCCGAAGAUGCCACUUUGUCGUUCGCCUCCCCCAAGAAGUUUCCUUUGGAUUUCGCAUUGUACGAGACGGACGUUGGAAAUUUCACCGACUCGGAUAUGCCCGUGAAGUUUUGCUGUCGUUACUUGGUGUCGUCUUUCUUGUUGACAGGCAAACCCGGGCACUUGGUUUCGGACAAGUUGUUUCGCGUUAGUGUAAAGUCACUCGCUCUGACGUGCGUGGGUUACAUCUUGAAGCUUUACCCGCACUUAUUCACGAUGACCGUGACGAAAGAGUCGGGCUGCAGCGAGACGAACCAACUGAUCGCAGACAUUCUGCUAUUUGCCAAUCACUCCGAUCCUCAGAUCAGAGGCAAUAUAGCGAUGGUGAUUGGAAUCUUUCUAAAGUCCGUGUUCGUUCAAUACGGCGGCUCCUUUCAAAACUUUGAGACGGAAUGCUCCGCCCAAAAGGGACAUGGAAAGAUACUGCUUACAGAUAUGAUCAAUUUACUUUUAAAAGGCUUAAAUGACAGUUCUGCGACAACCUGCCGCCAAACGUUGGACGCGUUGAAUCUCUGCUUACCAGAGCUACUAGACUCUAUCAAUCACGAGCAUGGUCUCACUGUCUUAACUGCGUUGCCAAAACUCACGAAGAAUCCAUAUUUUUUAGUGAAAGUAAAAUUAGUUGACCUGCUGAGUAAAUUAUCGUAUAUCACAAUAGAACAUAUAACGGGACAAUCGUUAUUUCAAGAGCAUUUUAUCGAUGUUAUAAUAGCGUUGUUAGGCGAUCAGGACCAAAGAGUGAGACACGCCGCGUCGGACGCCAUCGUUAAAAGUAUUCCAUAUUUAUACUUCCGACAUCCUCAAGAAGAUACCGUUACGAAGAAGGCCACGCAAUACACUCAGCAGUUUUUAAGCACCGUAACGACAAGCAUUUCAGAAUUGUCAUUGUGCCAAGAUAAGCAUAAACCGUUCAUGAACACGUCCAUCAAGCCCUUUGUAUUUCUAAACCACUACAGCGGAGCGAAUUACAAUUCCAGUGUGGAAUAUUCUUUAUCUCGUAUAGUUAACAUUCUGACGGAGAUGUUGGCGGUGCACUCUUCGAAAUAUCUAAUAUACGGAUGCUGCGAGACUCUCUUUUGCUUGAGCGAGACUUAUCCUACGACGAUUUACGUGAGAGGAUGGGACUGCAUUCUGCCGAAGACGCUGCUGAAGAAAUCGAAAAAGAGCAGCGAUCGAUUGGACACGGGCGAUAUUAGUUUCGUGAACGAGAUGACUUCCUCUCCGGUGGGCAGCGGUCUCUUGUCACUGGCGCUGCCCUUGCUGACGUCAUCGAGCAUUAGCUUAGAUUCGUCCACGCACAGACACCUGAUCCUCCUCGCCGGCAAUCUCGCUUCCGGAUUAGCCGUCUGCAACUUCAAGACCGGCGGCGAUCCGACAAAAUUGUGGAGCAUGUACAAGGAUCGGUACAUGGAACUGCUGCUGACGCACAUCACGAGAGUCCUCAACAUCUUCGUCCACGUCAUCGACGAGGUGCAACUGGCGCAAGCCAGCGCCAAGCCCGUAUUGCCAUCCCUGUCGUCCGCGCAAACGCUGUCACCCAGAAAGAAGAUUUUGUCGGAGCACAAGUCAAAGGAGAAGGGAGAGAAGAUCGGCGGUCUGAGGAGCGGGAAGGAGUUCACGGGAACGUUCGUCGGCAUGCCGCAUUACAUGAAGAUCUACGACAUUCUGAAAGCGGCGCAUUCCAAUUAUUUGGUAACUCUGCAGCAUGAGGCCAGCGAAAUGUACGUUUCUCUGCUGAACGCGACGCUCGACGUGCUCUCGCAGAUUCUCGAAAUCGCGUCCGUCAACGAGGCAGGUAAAAUAACGGAGGAAGUGUUGUGCUACUUGAAAACCACCGUCAUAUUGUCGCCGACGGCAACGGUUCAGUGCGUGCAGCAGUUGCUCAAGUGUCUGUUCAGCACGAAUGUGUGCGCGCAGUGGAGCGAGCUGGACGUGCAGAGGAUGGAUCAGUACGGAACGCUGCAGGAUGACGUCAGAGGGUUUUACAACCAGUGCUUCCAGCAUCCCGCCAGGCAAAUGGCGAACACGAUCAAGUGCAUAGGGAACAAUUGCAGGGGUGAGAACGAGCCGGACACGGGGUGGAUAGGACUGCUGCGGAGAAAAGGCGAUCGCAAAUUUUCGUCGGUAUUCAAGAACUUGGCGCGAUCCUCGGACCAGAAGACAUCCGUGGCGUCCUUCAUCCGGCUCUUCGAGCCGAUGGUUAUAAAAUCCUUGAAACAGUACACCGUCACGAGCAACAUCUCGUUACAGUGUCAAGUUCUGAUGCUGCUCAGUCAACUGGUUCAACUCAAGGUCAAUUACUGCCUGCUCGAUUCGGACAAGAUAUUCAUCGGAUUCGUGUUGAAGCAGUUCGAGUUCAUCGAGGAGGGCCACAUACAGCAGACCGAGGAACUUCUGCCGAAGAUGUUCAAUUUCCUGGUGCAUCUGUCUUACGAGAAGAAUCAUUCCAAGGCGAUAAUAGGCGUGCCGAAGAUAAUUCAGUUGUGCGACGGUCUGAUGGCGAGCGGACAGCCGGCGAUCUCGCAUUGCAUACCCGCGCUCGCGCCCGUCAUCGAGGACAUAUUUCUCGUGCGUAACGGCAGCUCGAGCGUGAUCGAGCAGCGGGAAUUGGAGACAACGAGAGACGUGCUGAUAGCGAUGUUGCUGCGUCUGGUGGAGUAUUACGAGGUGGUCGAGCUUCUAGCGCUGUGCCUGGCUGAAUCGAGAUUCAGCGGGGACGGCAACGGCGAGGAGAAGUGGCGGAGGUGGUCCAGAUUGACGAUGGACACUGUGCUUCCGAUACUGGCCGCUGGCAAGCUCAAGAUCGAAUCCGAAAAGGCGCACGUCGCGCUGGUGAAACUGUUCGCGGCUAUCUCGCCCACUGUUUUCCGACCGGUGGAUCCACUUCUGAAGAUACUGUUCACCGCGUCGAUAUCCACGACGGCUUCGACUCUGAGCCUGAAACGAUGGCUGGGCAUGAUCAACGUCGUGCUACUGUCGUUGAUCUCCUGCGCGAAGGAGGAGGCGAUGCUGGCGCGUCUCUCGGACCUCAGCGUAUGCAUGACGGACGUGUCGCAUCUAUUCUCGCCGCCCCAGGAUUCCUCCUCUUCCCAAGAGAGCACGGACCCUCUGAAUGUCCUGAGUAUUCAGUCGCGUCAGGUGCUACCCGAGCAGAUACUGGCGAAGUUUAUAUUCAAAGUGAUCAAUUUGAUAAGCGCGAAGGUGUUCAAUCUGCUCGGUCUGAUCAAUCAUAAGGCCGCGGAUCCUUUCGUCGGCUUCUCCGAAUACACGGCCGACGACAAUUACUUGGUGCACCAGUUCGCGUUCUUCUUGCAACUGUGCAUUCACAUGUUCGAGUCCGGCAGUCAUUGCAAAGUGGCGAACGCGACGAUGCAGAUGAUCCAAGGACGCAACGUGCCCGACGAGGAGAAGCUGCUCAUCGACGAUCUCAACUACUUGAUGCUGAGCAUCGGAAACGUGUGCCCGACGGUGACGUGCCAGUGGGCUUACCUGAUGAUCCUGUUGGGAUACAACGAGAUGUCCUUCUGGUCGAAAGUGCUGGGCACCGGCAAGUCCGAUUACAUCACUCACGCCCAGCCGAGUGAGAGAAAGACGCGCGAUUACGCGAACAGUGAUAUAAAUAUUCAGAUUAUCAGACGAGGUGGGAUCAUAUUGUUCUGCGACUACAUAUGCGAGAAUCUCAACGACGUGGAACCGCUGACGUGGCUGCUGGUGAACCACAUAGAGGAGGCUGUAAACAUUGCCACCGAAUCUCCGGUGAGAGAUCUGCUGACGACGGCCAUACACCGAAAUCCGGCGGCCAGCGGGCUGCUGGUGCAGGCGAUAGCGACCAAGUGCACGGACUUGUCGCAGCCGAGUUUCAUCAAGCGUUUGCUGCAGUGCGUCGAGGGCGCGCAUCACUCGCAGAGCGGCGCGGUUAUAAUGACCCUGAUACCAAGGCUGUUGUCGACCAAGUAUCUCGCUCUGUCGAGAAUAGCGGCGAAAAUUGCCAGCCGCAGAGUCGAGAUACUGUUGACCAGCAACGCGGAGGAUGUGGUCAGCCAGUUGUCGAAGGAGGACAUCGUGAGGAUCAUGGACAUCCUGCAGACCACCAAGCUGGCGAGGAAGCACGGCGGCCUGGUCAGCCUGUUGAACAAGCUGGCCGUGCAGUAUUACGAUCUGUCGCCGCUGGAGCUCGACCAGUGCAGACCGUUCAAUCCGUCCACCGUGAAGAGCAUCCAGCUGGACCGGAACUGGUUCCUGUCUCAGGUGCGAUUGCGAUGUUGCCACGCCAGCGCCGGCAACAAUCCCAUGGAAUUGGCGCAGCUGCUGCAGGAUCUGGACUUCGACGAUUGCUUGAACAUCCUGUCGUGCAAGGAAUUCAACUUGAAAAUUUUGAAGCACUGCAUAAUAUUGGGCGCCAGACUCAGCGUCGAGAGGUGCCAGAAGCUGGAAUUCGGGCAAGCGCAGAGCGAGAAGGACUUUCACUUCGACGCGAGCCCGCUGUACGUCGCCGCCAAGCAGUGCUUGCUCGAGCACAUCCAUUAUAUCUGCGAGCUCGUGCCGAAGCCGCAUCAGAUUUACAAUCCGGAGGCGGACAGCAGCAGCGGCAAGGAGUUGAAGUACGCCGCUAGAUUUUCCGAGCUGCUGAGCGACUCUCUCUACUGGGAGAUCCUCUUCACGAUCAUUCCGACCGUGAAAAUCUACAUGAGGACGCUGCCGAAACUGGCCAAGUACAACGUGGCGAAGAUCGACGUCAAGUUCGAGGAAGACAUCGCCAAAUUCUCCAUGCUGUGCCUCGAGCUGGCGCAUUGGAUCAUCUAUUCCGACCGGAAGAGCGUUCGCAAAUUGCGGCCGCACGACAUGUACCUCGCGCUGAGCUGCGCCGCUGAGAUUCUGCGGCACGCCGCACCGAGUAAGAUCGUCGGGGACAGCACGCGUUACACCUGGGUCUGCUCCGCGGCGAUCUCGCUGACGAAAGUCGUGGAGAGCGUGCUCACGACGAUGGACCCCCUGCCGACCGUGGAUUCUCAGGCGCUGGAGCCGGCGCUCCGAGACGAGGACACGAAGGAUUACGCCCGGGCGUGCGUCCAAAUGGCGUCGAUAGUGGCCUGGCUCGAGAAGUGUCAGACGGAAGGCUCCACGAGGAAUAUUCCGCCGUACCUGUUCGACACGAUAAAAUCGCUCGUCGUCAGCGUGAGCCGGCAGCCGCUGGUGAAUUCUUACAUCCUGACGCCGCCUCUGGUGUGGAGACGCGGCUGCAACGUCGUCGGCACGAGCCCGACGAAGUGCUACUUUCCGUUGCCGUCGUCGGAAUCCAAUCUUCUGCAGGAGGUGGACAUCCUCGAGCAGUUCAUUUACCGGGUGAAUCUGCUGGGCUGGACGUCGAGGUCGCAGUUCGAGGAGAUCUGGAUGGCGUUUCUCAGCGUGCUGAACUUUCUGCAGAACGAGAACACGCCGUCGGACGAGGUGGCCGCUCUGAUUCAAGCGAGCGGCCUCGCGGUCCAGGCGAUCACGAGGUUACUGCUGCAAACUCUGCUGCUGCCGUGUCCCGGCAAUCCCGGCGCCAGCACGCAGAUUCACCAUCCCAGAGAUCCUCAGCUCUCCGUUCACAAGAUCAGUUCCCAGAAACUGUACGCGAUACAGGAGCUGCUUCUGUGGAAGUACGAGUACAUGAAUGACGCGGAGGGUAAAAGCGGCCUGAAGCUGGAUCAUAUAUUUCAAAGAGGAAACGUGGAGAGGACCGCGACUUUCGACAGAUUCACGUACAGCCAACUGUCAGUCUCUUACUUGUGGUCGCUGUGCAAUUUGUACGAGGACAAGCUGAACGCCUCCGUUCUCGAUCUGAAGAACAGGAGAAACGACGCGCUGAUGUCCGCGUCCCUCGAUCUGGAUUCCUGCCUGCGUUUCCUCAUCGAGCAUUACACCAUCUGGAUGUCGCCGCAGGCCAACACGCCUGUGCAACUGCUGACGGAGAUCAUCAAGUCCAUUCUCGCGAUCUCGGAACUCUUUCUCGAAAGAUCGCAGUAUCAGUGGAUGCUGGACGUGUGCCUGGAAAUCUCGAGGGUUCAUCCGACGGAGAACGCAAUCCUACAUCAAUACUUGGCCAUUUCCGUCUGCAAAGCCGCUGCCGUUUUGACGCCAUUGGAUUUGGAUACAUUGGAUAAAGUGAAGCGCAUAGUGGACAUGAAUUUGAAAUCGGGAUUCCUGGCUUCCAGAAUUUCCGCGCUUCACGGUUCUCUGUACUUACUGCAGAGUGCGGUGUUAGCUAAAUGCGAGGAAACGAUGAACAUUAUACAUCCCUUAGCCAUCGAGUACAUUCAGAAGCACAUUGACUCGCAAGAUUCGAAUGGCGUUUUGAAUCAAAGCGAGGAGCAUCAGGGAAUAAUGUGGGCGCUGGUAUUCUUCCUGUUGGAGCACGCGGAAGACACACCGCCGGAUACGGAAGCGCCGGCCGUGUUGGAGUUAGUCCUUUCUCUAGUCACAUCUCAGAACAUCUCUUACGGCUUACAUCAGAGUCUGCUGCAGGGUCUGGAGAGGCUUGUGGCAACGAAAAGCGUAGUCGGCAAGGUCGCUGAGCAAAUCGUGAAGGUCGCGAUGGAUCGACUAAAACAGCCGAGCCCGUUGCUGGCGCUGCCGGCUCUGCAGCUUCUGCUGACGUGCAUGUACACGGAGGCGGCCGACCGACUGAAUCAGCCCGGCGCUGAGAAGCCGCUGCCGGACGUGGAGCCCGAGACGCUGGUCCGCUCCAUAGAACGCACCUCCGCGAUAUUCGACAAGAUCCGCAAGGGUCAUCCCAUGGAGGUGGAGGUCCUAUGCACGGUACUGUCUGGCGUCCUCGGUGACUUUUUCCCGCCGUCGGAGAUCCUGACCAAAGUCAUAGGGGAGUUUCUGUCCCCGCAACGACCGCACCCGAGGUUACUCUCCGCUGUUGUUUUCAAAGUCUGUGAGAAAGCGUGUACCUGCACGGAAAUGGAGCUCCUGCAAGACUGGGUGGUAUUCAGCUUACCGAAUUUCAUUCAGAGCCUGCCGGUGGCGAUGUCGACCUGGUGCUUGUCCUGCUUCUUUAUAAGCGCAUCGACGAAUCAUUGGUUGAGAGCUCUAUUUCCGUAUGUUCAGUCGAGGAUAGGAAAGUACGAGUACGAAGACAAGAAAAUGUUGUGUAUAGCCGCUUCAGAUUUUUAUCAUAAGUUAUCCAAAGAGUCUCAGAAGAAAGCGUUUGUCGAGACUUUCGAGGCUGCCGCGAAGGAACCUCGAACUCCAUCAGCGACAUUUUAGCAUCCUUUUAAUUAAUAAUAAUCAUAGUCGGCAGAAUCUACAACGCGAGAGACAUUCAACAGAAGAUUUUAAACCCAAGUUGUAAAAAUCUAUGUACAAUCAUUGAUAGGUUGACGCGCUGUGCUACAAACGUAUGUAUAUUUGUAUGUAUAAUGAUAUUUAUUUUGCAUUAUGUCCCAUCAAAGAGAGAUGUGCAACUUGUUUUGCAAUAAACAGUAUUUUUUAAGUAAA